UGCACAGCAGUGACGUGGAAUGCUUCAACACUUGGGUUUAAUAACUGUGGCUAUAUGCCGUCAAUUUCAGAGAGCUUAUGGAUUUUGCCUUGGAUUAAUUUAUGACGAGUCUGAAAAGCGAGGUAUCUUAAAUAAUUGAAAGUUAUCGCUAAUGCAGACAACCGACGCAAGAAAAAAGAUAUAACAAUAUCAGACAGACGGCCAUAAUCUUAGAAUCUCAACAAUGGAAGAUCCGGCAGUAGUUACCGUUAUGAUGAUGCUAUCACUGUUUUCUAUUUGCGGAACAAUCGGAAAUUCACUCGUUCUUUACAUCUAUUCACAUAAAAAGGAAAAGUCGACCGCGGGAAUUUUCAUUAUGAGCCUUGCAGAAACUGACCUUUUCACCUGUGUGUUAGUUAUGCCCUUCACAGAGGCUGUAGUGUACCUGAAUUACAUGGUUAGAUAUGACGUUGUCUGCAAGAUUUAUAUGUUCUUCAUCACAUGCAAUGUACCGUUCGCCGCGUUUAUAAUGGUGGCAAUUGCAAUUGACAGGUACUUUUGUAUUUGCCAUCCAUUUCUACAUUUGCUCAAUAUAUUUCGGGCAAAAGUUAUCGUGGUGUGCUUACUGCUGGUUGCAUCUACAUUUGGAGUUAUCACAUCUCUGUCAUACGGUGUUUACUCCUACGAACAGAUAGUGCCUACUAAUAAAACCCUUGCCAGUCUAAGUGAAACAAUGAUGUAUAACGAAAGUGAAAACUAUGGCCAAAAUGUAACAUUUAUUGCCGUCGGCCACCGCGUGUGUGCAAAUUGCUCAAAGGAAUUAUUAGGGAAGCUUCAUGUAUACAACAACAAAACAGAAGUGCACGCUGGAUACGACCUACUGUAUACAGGUCUAUGCGCUCCAAGUUAUAUUCUGACUGGCCCUCAGUUUCUAAAUAUCUAUCAACGUGUGUACGCUGGGACAUACCUGCUAUCUUUUGUCAUCGUGUUCGUUCUAUAUGGCCUAAUUUACCGGUCAAUAUACAAGCAUCGAGCGAAAAGAAGCAAGAGAAAACGUUCCAGUCUUUAUCCGUCUGGCGUAAGUCAUGUUACCAAUCUCGAUCAACCUUGUAUUGAGUUCUCGAAUGUUGAAACCCAAUUUACAGCGGUGACACACGUUAAUCCUCACAUUGGCCGACGGAGAGAUUUAAAUCUUGAAAAUGGUGAAAAUGAUGACUUUGACGUCGAAACGAAUGUUGAGCUGCAGCCAAUGAGACCAAAGCCGAGAAAGGGACCGCGGGCAAUAUCAAUCAAGGAGAAAACAUUAUUGGCCAAUAUUCGAACAGCUGUCAUGUUGUUUGUUGUUACAGUUGUUUUUCUGAUUGCAUUUUUGCCUGCUUGGCUUAUGGGAUUACAAGCAAUGGAGUUUAACGCCGUGAUUUUCUACAUGUAUUUUGUAUAUCAUACUGCAAAUCCUUUCAUUUACGCAUUCAUGAACAAGUCUUUUCGAGACGACCUUGGAAAAGUUCUCAAGUGCCAGAGUAUACCUCUUGUUCGGUAAACAUUUUUUUAAUCUUUUUUACACGUUUUCUGCAAUCUGCUAUCGACUUUGAUAGAAUACACAAAGAACAAGCGAUAACGCAUAUAUAUUGUUAUAAACAUUCAACACAUUUUCAAUAACUGAGAAAUACACAUCUUGUUUAUUACUCUUUCAACAUUGUCUUUCUUUCUCAUAAAAUAAAUGCCCGAAAUAAUGAAUGUACUUUGUAUUCAAUGUGAUUUGAUAUAAAAGGUUUAUAUAUUGCAAACCAAAGGCAAAAGGCAAACGGUAAAUGGAAGAUUAUACGUAUCAAGGUCGGUUUGAACAUCGUGAAUUAAUUCAUUCCUGGUUUUCCAUAUUACUAUUAUAUAUUGGCACAAGUUAUCAUAAGUGUUAUGUAUGAUACGUAUUUAUAAUAAAAAUAUCCAAAUUUCUUUUCACGUACGUACUGAUCCAAUUCAAAUUUACUUAACGUUUUAUAUAUAAGUACUGUGUAUAAUAUAACAAACUUUACUAAUUUUGUAUUUAGAAACAGUAGGUGAUGUAUUCUAAUACAUAUCAUUCGCUUAUAAAUGUUGUGCUUUAUGCUUGAUGUUAUUGAAUAAACGUGUC